UCAUGUAUUUAAUGUCAAAGAUAGGGGUUAAUUGUUGUAUUAGAGCAGGAAUCUUUGCCUAUUCGGUGGUAGGCAGCAAUUCUGUGUUUUCUCUGAUGGCAGAGAGCGAUUAUAACCAUCCAAAUGUUCGUCUAGCACCUAAACAGCAGAGUACUUGGGCUAGGGAAUACACUGUAAUUCAUUUAUGAGCUAACUUGGUAGGUAUUAGUUUAUAAAAGAAACGACGUUGCCAAGUACUGUGUCUAUUAAAAUAAACUUUUUUCUAACAUCACUGAGUUUUAGUUCCAUAAUUUUUUUAGUUAAUGUAAACUAAAGUUAUAUGUUGGUGACCAGUACAAACACUACAAGAAAGCACCUGAUAACUCCUGAGUAAAUUCAGUCAGCCGAUUUAUGGAUGUUUGGUUUCUUCUCUUUUUUUUUAAUAAUAUUAAUCUGAGUUGUUCAUUAGUAAGUUUCUCUACAUUUAUUGGACCAGGUUUUUCCAUUGUGACUGAUUGAUGUACCCUGUAAGAUGCCUUCCUGUAUAACCUGUGGUGGCGAGGACUUUGAUGUCUGUGAUGGGCUGUUCUACUGUUCAAUGUGCCAGACGCAAACUCAGGAUCUGCGUGUGGAGAUGGAAGAGGCUUCGUUUAUAGAGAUGCCCAGCCGCUCACUGUUGGUCAAGUCUAAAAAAUCAGAGAAGAAGAUAAAAAAAGUAGAGGAUAAAGGUCGUCCUUGGACUAUUUACGAAGGUUACCAGUUUGUACUGAAGGCACAGGUCAGAGCUCUUAUUAUGCUAGGAGCUGAUCCGAAAAUUGACGAAGUUGUUUUUCGGUUGUGGGCACUGUAUCUGUCAAAGAUUGAAAUUGCUUUCUGCAAUGAUGAAAAACUUGUUCCAGUCAAUUUAGAAAAGUGUGCAAGACACAGAGAGAUUUAUCGAGGUGACAUGGAAAACCCUGAAGUGAUCCCAAAGAGAGCUAUACGUGGAGCUAAGCGGGCUUCUCAGUUCUGUUCAAAAUCAGAGACGGAAAAUCAACUUUUAAAAUCAAAACUGAAAGAUGAGGAGUUCUAUGAGGGAGAUAACCCUGCAGAAGAAUCAGAGAAUAAUGACGAUGACUCGUCUAGUGAAGAAGACUUGAAAAAGGAUGGAAAAAAACAAAGGUACAAAAACUAUGUGCCAGCCUAUGUACGGCGCAGUGACUGGAUGCAUUUGAAGAAGAAUCUGGCAUUGUGUCUGCUGGGUUUGAUGUUCACUAACAACCUGACGACAGCUGCAGACCUCAUUAGGUGGAUUAAAGAAGGUACCCUACCCUUUAUAGAAGUUACUUCUCUCUUGCCGUCAGAUGUGAAGUUUAGCGCAUUUGAUGUUCACCUGUUUAAAUGUGAAUUUCCAACAGUAAAUGGGCUGCGAUAUGAAACAGCAAAAAUGGCACACUUUCUAGGAUUAGAAGAGUUCCCUCCCUUCCCUAUUGAACAGUUGAUCAGCAAAUACAUUCUUCAUAUGGACCUGCCAGGUGAGAUGCAUGGUUUUGUGAUGAACUUGGUUCGACAGCAGUCUCCAACAAUGAUAUACUACACAGAUCUGAAAUGCCGGUACCGAAGUAAAAUUCCACCAUAUGAAGCCAUCGCCAUGAGCUACAUCAUCAUCACCAUCAAGCUCUGGUUUGGCCUUGAUGAUCAUACUGAAAGAUGCCUGUCUACAUAUUCAAGAAAGCUGACAAAAUUUAUGAAGAAUCAUCAACCCCUAUUUGUGUUUGCCGACUGGAAAGCCCACAUGACUUUGAAGUUUAAACAACACAUAAACCAGACACUGUUGCUGUCGGAUACAAGCACCAUGGAAGAUGUCAGUGAUGUGGAUGAGAUUUUAGAACUCUACUCAAACAAAGACAGCGCCAAGCAGAGAUUUGGAAUUCAGUAUUCGAAAAAAUCACUCAGAAAAAAAAUCUACAAUCCAGACCUUAGAAAAGCAAUCAAACGUCCGUUUCUCCAACUGUCUGAAAAAUGGAGUCAGAGUCGGUCAACUCAAGAAGAUGACCAAUCAAAUGACAGCUUCUAUACAAGUAGAGAAUAUGAAGACCCCAUGGAUGUUCUGAAUGAGUCUGAUGGAGAAGUUAACAUAUUGACUCACAGUAAAGCUUGGGAUGGCCUUGAAAAACAUGGUCCCAAAUUGCAGAGAGAAAGAGAAGACUACUUCCGUCGGUGCACACUGAGACAUGUAACUCAUUCAAAAGAAUUUAUCAGUGGAUUGAACUUGCAUGGACUUGAUGAGCACCAUGUAUCACAUUCAACUAUGGCCAGGUCUGAAGGCUCACGGAAUGACAGCAGUGCAUUUGCUGCCAUGGAUGUUUCGUUUGAAAAUGACAGCAGUGAACCUGAGACUGCCAUGAACCAAGACAUAUUUUCCUUGAAGUCUAGUCAAAGAAGCCAUAUUGGCGAGCAGUCAGGGCCACUCAAUGGUGACAGAGUACAGGACCCUUUAACAACAGAUGCUCCACCAGAUGGCAGCACUGAAAGUGAAAUAAAUUCUGUUAUGGAAGACUUUGUUAAUGCUCAGGACUCGUACGUGCUGUAUAAUUCAAAUCCAUUGGAUAAAGACUGUGUAGUUGAGUACCACAAGUGUUACCAUUGGUUGCUGACGGUGUGUGGAGCCAUGAUUGAAAGUACUGUUGCCGACAUCACAGAGUGCGUGAAUAAUCUACAGAGCAUCCUCGUCACCACAGGUGCUCUGUACGUGGGCACGAAACAGUCCACUUGUCAGAGUUUUGUCAAGAAAUACAUCCACAGUAGAAGAGCCAAAUUAAGAAGCAGUCCAGUGGUGAAUGCAGAUCUCGAAUAAUGUCAUGUAAAGAAAUAUCUCAAACUGUAAAGAAAUGCAUGUACCAGGGGUGGAUCCGGGGAAUAUUUGUUGGAGGGAGAGACUAAUGGGGGAAAAAGGCACUUGGACCAACUCAUUAAAAGGGCAUCCCAAUUGGUGGAAAUAAAUAAAAGAAGGUUGGGGGAGGGGGAACUUUGAUCUGCCUCUGCACAUACCUUAAACUGUGAUAUAAAGAAAUCUGUCACUUUGUGUUGUAAAGAAACAAUCUGUCACUGUGUGUUGUUAAAUAAACACCACAAACUGUGAUAUAUUGAGAAUACUACAUGAUUGACCAUCAGAUACCAUUUUUACAUCAUAUUAUAUUACAUUUGUUUAAUUCAUUUAAGAAACAUUUUAUGGAGCAGUGUCGGUACUAUCUGUAGUAUCGGUACUAUCUGUAGUGUCGGUACUAUCUGCAGUGUAUGUACUAUCUGCAGUGUCGGUACUGUCUGUAGAGUCGGUACUAUCUGUAGUGUCAGUACUAUCUGUAGAGUCAGUACUGCCUGCAGUGUUGGUACUUUCUGUAGAGUCGGUACUAUCUGCAGUGUCAGUACUAUCUGUAGAGUCAGUACUAUCUGCAGUGUCGGUACUCUCUGUAGUCAGUACUGCCUGCAGUGUUGGUACUUUCUGUAGAGUUGGUAUUAUCUGUAGUGUCAUUACUAUCUGUAGAGUCAGUACUAUCUGCAGUGUCGGUACUAUCUGUAGUGUCGGUACUAUCUGCAGUGUCGGUACUUUCUGUAGAGUCGGUACUAUCUGUAGAGUCGGUACUAUCUGCAGUGUCGGUACUAUCUCCAGUGUCAGUACUAUCUGUAGUGUCGGUACUAUCUGCAGUGUCGGUACUUUCUGUAGAGUCGGUACUAUCUGUAGAGUCGGUACUAUCUGCAGUGUCGGUACUAUCUCCAGUGUCAGUACUAUCUGUAGAGUCAGUACUAUCUGCAGUGUCGGUACUAUCUGCAGUGUCGGUACUAUCUAUAGAGUCAGUACUAUUUGCAGUGUCGGUACUAUUUGCAGUACCAUCUGUAGUGUCGGUACUAUCUGUAGAGUCGGCACUAUCUGCAGUGUCGGUACUAUAUGUAGUGUCAGUACUAACUGUAGAAUCAGUACCAUCUGCAGUGUCGGUACUAUCUGUAGUGUCGGUACUAUGUAGAGUCAGUACUAUCUGUAGCGUCGGUACUAUCUGCAGUGUCGGUACUAUCUGUAGAGUCAGUACUAUAUUCAGUGUCGGUACUAUCUGUAGUGUUAGUACUAUCUGUAGGGUUAGUACUAUCUGUAGAGUCGGUACUAUCUGCAGUGUUGGUACUGUCUAUAGAGUUGGUACUAUCUGUAAAGUCAGUACUAUCUGCAGUGUCGGUACUAUCUGCAGUGUCGGUACUAUCUAUAGAGUCGGUACAAUCUGCAGAGUCGGUACCAUCUGCAGAGUCAGUACCAUGGGCAGUGUCGGUACUAUCUGCAGUGUUGGUACUAUGUGUAGAGUACCAUCUGCAGUGUCUGUACUAUCUGCAGUGUCGGUACUAUCUGCAGUGUCUGUACCAUCUGCAGUGUCGGUACCAUAUGCAGUGUCGGUACCAUCUGCAGUGUCGGUACUAUCUGCAGUGUCGGUACUAUCUGUAGAGUUGGUACUAUCUGCAGUGUCGGUACUAUCUGCAGUGUCGGUACCAUCUGCAGUAUCGGUACCAUCUGCAGUGUUGGUACUAUCUGUAGAGUCGGUACUAUCUGCAGUCUCGGUACUAUCUGCAGUGUGUGUCGGUACUAUCUGUAGAGUCAGUACUAUUUGCAGUGUCGGUACUAUCUGCAGUGUCGGUAGGCCUAUUAUCUGUAGUCGGUACUAUCUAAAACGUCUGUACUAUUUGCAGUGUCGGUACUAUCUGUAGUGUCUGUACUAUCUGUAGAGUUUGUACUAUCUGUAGGCCCCUUCUCGUCUAUGAAUAACUUGCAGCAAAAAGGAAUAUCAUAGGUAGACCAGUUUCGAUGAGCAUGAGCAUUCGGUUCUAAAGCAUAUCAGUAUUUAUAAACAGACAGUUGUUAUCAAAAUAGCUACCUCUUUCUUAGUAAUUCUAUGCUUCAAACAAGCACUAAACUGGCUGCUAUUAUAUGUAACAAAAUGUACCGCACAUGCGUCAAAAACUAACAUGCAUUGGCUGUAAAUAUUGUUCACUACGUAACCUGUUUCGAUGAGUAAAAGGUUUAGUGGUAUAGCUUACAGCCAAAACUUUCUGACACAAAACUUUUCAUGUUUUAUAAAAAAAAUGUAUGUUGUUCAACAAAACAUGUACUUAUAAUAAUUUAUACAAAUUAUUUUAAAUAUUUUAAGGCAAAUUACAAAAUGGAGUAUAUAACAAUUGUGAUGUCAUGCAAUCGUGGUAUUAGUUGAACAAAUGAAUGGUUAUAAUGGUAAAAUUGUUUGGUUAAAAUAUAUAAGCUGCAUUCUGAGUUUUUAUAAAUAUAUAAGCAGAUAUCCAAAAAGCUAUUUAUGUUAAGGACCAUAUAUUUUUGGCAAGUAUCAGUAAAGGUCGUUUUGCCAGAAAACACCGUGACAGUUGUAUGACUUCAGUAACUAGACAGUAGUAGAGUUGAGAACAGACAAAAAUAGUUUUUAAAAUUGAGGGUUUUUUUCAAAUAACAUUAACAGUCUUUGAAAAUCAUAGAAAAAAGAAAUGUGCCAUAUUUAUGAGUGCAUUAAGUUCAAUCUUACUUUCUUUGCACAUUUUAACCUUAUUUUUUACCAACAUUUCUGUGAAUGUGACAGACAUUUGUUUACUAGCAAAAGUCAAUGAUGUCAGAAAUCUUCAAAUGUAUGUUCUGUUGCGCAUAAACAACGCAACCACCGAAACAAGUCAACGGACAAUACAAUAAAUAUUUGGCUAUGAACACUAACCAAUCACAAA